UGUGUCACUUUUUCAAGUCUUAUAAUAAAAGAUUGAAGAAAUCCUUAGAAGCUGCUUCACUCUUCUCUUUUUUCUAUAAACUUAACCCAAACUUUUUUUCCCUAAUUAUUCUUCGUUCUCUCUUUUCUUCAAAUGGAUAACGACGAAUCCACACGCAAGAUCAACGACUUCGAUGCAAGAGGAUACAGUCUCAGUGGCAAGAUCAUGCUCUCCGCUAUCAUCCUUCUCUUCUUCAUCGUUCUUCUAAUGCUUUUCCUUCAUUUAUACGCUCGCUGGUACCUCCUCCGCGCUCGCCGACGCCACCUCCGCAACCGCCGUCUCCGCCGUACCGAACUCGUCGUCUACCAUGACUCCGACAACCCCGCCGCCGCACGCGGCCUCGACGCCUCCCUCAUCGCCUCGCUCCCUGUCUUCUCCUACGACCCAACCACCCAACAGGAAAACCCGCCGGAAUGCGCCGUCUGCUUGUCGGAGUUCGAGGCUGGUGAAACGGGUCGGGUCUUGCCCAAGUGUAAUCACAGUUUCCAUACCGAAUGUAUUGACAUGUGGUUUCACUCUCACUCCACCUGUCCUCUCUGUCGUGCUACGGUUGACCCGCCACAGACCCGAUCCGAUUUGUUUAUAACUGUGUGCGAACCGGAACCCGGUUCGGGUUCGGGAUUGUGCUUGGAAGAUGAGAACCGAGCCGGGCGAGAGGUUUCUUCGUCGUCGGUUGGGUUGAGGAGGAAGCCGUCGUUUGUAAGGGUGACCGUUGAGGUGCCGGCGAGGAACGAGAGUUUCCGGGACGCGAGGAACGAGAGUUUCCGGGACGAGUCGGAUUGCGACUCGCCGUCGACUCAGUCAUCGUUUCGGUCGCCGAUGAGUCGGAUGAUGUCGUUCAAGAGAAUCCUUAGCAGGGAACGUAAGGGAAGCGUUUCUCCGUCGUCGUCGGGUGGUGGUGGUUGCAGCUCCGCUGCCGAGUUUAGCACGGAACAAGGUGGACGAGACGAAACUCAGUGAGUUGGCGAGCGGGAAAUCGGAGCUGACUCGGUGAGUGUGGUGGUGCUAACGCGGCGGGUGUGGAACCGAAAACAUGUCCAAAGCUAUGGGUUCGGCGCGUGGCGGCUAUUGUUUAAGAAUUUUAUUCCUCAUGUGAUUUGUCUGGACAUUUUUCGGUGGACGCAAUGAGCGGCGCGUGAGUGUCGGUGACAAGAGUUUUUGGCCAUGGCAAGAUAAUGUUGGAAGAAUAAUAUUGUACAAUAAAUACUUUUCUUUUAAUAAUUUUUUUUAAAAAAGCUCAUAGAUUCAUAGGUUUUUUUUUUUUUUAGAGUGAAAAAAGAAAAUAGAGGGAAGCAAUUUUUUUUUACACAAUGGGAACACUGUUUCAAUGAUCGUAUGCAAAUUAUUUAAAUCCAAAUCCCUCCAUCCUAGUGGCUUAGAGCAGCAAAUUUU